GGACUCACUACGGGUGCUUUUCUUUAGUGUCUUUCCAGUCCGAUUUUGUGUUCCAUUAAAACACAACCUAACUCAGCGCUUGAUACCUUAGUAACCAGUGACUCAACAACAAAAAGAAAGGGAAGAAGGGCAGAAGGGACUGCACAGAGAGUGCCGCCGUCCUUGGCUACCUCGACGUUGUACAGCUGUUAGUGGAGAACGAAGCUGAUGCACUCCACCUCCUCAUAGGGUUAGUCCUCCCUGAUCAGACGGCAGCGAUUGUCAGCGUAGAUGGGACCGGACGCCUUCCAGCCAUGGCCUGGAAUUCCUGGAACGAGUACGGCUGCAAUAUCAAUGACGAUGGCUUCCACAAGGUCGGCCAACCGUUGGUCUCGUUGGGCCUAAGCGACCUAGGCUACCGAUAUGUCAACAUCGACGACUGCAGGAGCGACAAGCAGAACAGACGGAACCUAACCACCAAGGAGAUUAUACUGCCCAAACAAUUCACUCGCUCGGGCUGAAACUGGGAAUAUACAGUGAUACCUCCUUGGGAUUGCCUAACUAUCUCGCUCUUUGCAAUACUAACUAACCGAUGAGGUUCGAAGGCACCGACACCUGCGGAGGUUAUGCAGGG